GUGAGUCAUUAAAAAAAAAUCUUAAUUAUAAACAUGUGUAAAAUCGCCACAAUCAUAAUCUUCUACCUUCAUCACGUAACACUGUUUUUCCUCGGACUCUUCCAGUUGGACUCGAUAUUUCCAUUGUACCUUGACCGAUUCGUGAUGAGACACGCGACGCGGUCGGGCCGAGUGCAGUGUCGACAUUGUCUCUCGUAUCGACGGUUCCGUUUACAUGCUUUUGUGGAAAUCGCGCUAAUUACGUUGAAAUCCUUCGCCAAUUUCAUAUCUCAUCCAACCGCGUUGGAUUUCUCUCCCCGCGUUGUGAAACCGUAAUUCCAAAUGUUAAACCGUUCGAUCGGCGCAUUUUCGCGAUGCCCGAUAUACGACAUGUUCAGAAGAAGCAUUUCGUAUUGUCGUGUCGAAGAACAAGCAUUGUCAUGUUAGCGCUACCGGAAAUCGGUAUGAAUAUUCAACCGCCACCCGAGUUUCGCAUCGCACGCUCGUAACAAGCGCGGAUUCGUACGAAAUUUUCUUUUCUUUUCUUUUCCUCUUUUUCCUCUCUUCUUUUUUUCCUUCGUCUGGGUGAGGAUUAUCUGAAUGACAGAACGGCGGGUCGAAAGGACCGCGUGCGAAAGAAGUGUCCCGGAAAUAUGUCACACGAUCUGAACUCCUCGUCGUCCUCGGAGCUGCCGUUGGACGACGAUGCGAGAGACGAGUAUCUCGCCAGGUGGGAAAUCGCGGUGCUGACCAGCAUAUUUCUCAUCACGAUCAUCGGUAAUGUCUUGAUCCUGUUGGCUCUUUACGCUCGGCGACGUUAUCAACGACGAAAGUUUACCAGGAUGUACUUUUUUAUCAUGCACUUAAGCGUGGCCGAUUUGUUGACGGGUCUGUUCGACGUUCUGCCGCAGCUCGCCUGGGACAUAACGUUCAGAUUUCAGGGUGGUGCAGUUCUCUGCAAACUGAUCAAAUUCGGACAGCCAUUCGGUCUGUAUCUCAGUUCCUAUAUCCUGACGGUGACCGCGAUGGACAGAUAUCAUGCCAUUUGCCAUCCCUUCAGUUACUGUAGUGUCACAUCUCGAAGAUCGAAAAUGAUGGUGUACGGGACAUGGACGCUCGCUGCUAUGCUGUGCGUACCACAGAUUUUUAUAUUCUCAUACAUGGAAAUAUCGCCCGGUGUUUGGGAGUGUUGGGCCACCUUCUACCUAAAAUAUGGCGAGAGAGCCUAUAUUACUUGGUACAGUGUUAUGCAGUUCUUAUUACCCUUCAUAGUGCUCGUAUAUACCUACACAAGAAUAUGCAUAUCGAUAUGGAGAAGUAGUAAACUAUCGGGACUCAUUGAUCUCAAAAGAAGCAACAAAAUCAGUUUCUGUCAGCGAAAUCGAGAUCCCCUUAUCUCCAAAGCAAUGAUCAACACUGUAAAACAAAUGAUCGUUGUGGUUACUUUAUACAUCGUCACCAAUACCCCGUUUAUCGGAUGCGAGCUGUGGGCAACAUGGGAUCCUAAAGCUUCCACCUCGCCAUUUUUUACAGGGGCUGCUUUCACUAUUCUAAGUCUCCUAAAUAGUCUCACGAGUUGCGUUAAUCCUUGGAUUUACUUUGCAUUUAACAAGGAAUUACGUGUGGCGUUGACAUGUUUUUUCUGCAGAAAGAAAGAUUAUUCGUUGACUUAUGAUAUAGAUGCACGUCAGAAUACGUCGGAUGUGCCCUCUUCAACAUCGUCGUUUAUUUCUAGAAUCUCGCGACUUGCGAGUUCAAAGAUAUUCGGGUAAAGUGGAAAUAAAACAAAGUUUGCAUUUUGAGGAGGACUGUUUUGAAUAUAAAGAAUACACCGAGAAAAUAUAGUUGAUGCAUAUAUACAUUUCGCAGACGUGUAAAUGUGUUUGGUGCAACAAUGUCGGAGCGUGUGCAACUUCUUUCGCGAGAACUCUUUAUUUAAUAAAAAUUAUUUAUUAAGAAUCUGUUAAAAAAUACCUAUGAAAGGAUAUUUCUUUUACAGAAAUAUUUUAAGAAAUACAGCUAGCGAUAUAGGUUAAAUAUUCACUGUUACGCGAAUUUCGAUCACUUGAAAAUAUAGAAACAACAUUCGA